AAGGUCUGCUUUGCUGAACUUCUCCCGCGCGAUUCACUCGCUGGCUGCACCGCUUGCGUGAGGACGCCUUCCCCCCCCCCCCCCGCCUCGCGCCGCCGACCGUUAAAAAAGACCCCACCCCCCACCCCGCGACGCCAUGGCCAACUACAGCCAUAUGCCGCCUGAGGUGCCCAAGCUGGACGUCGUGGUCAGCGAGAGGGACCCUUCCGACGGCAGCGGAGGGACGGGGGGCCGCCGGGGGGCCUUGGAGCUGCUCAGCCGCCUGAGGCCUGAGUGGAAGGCAACCGACAUCGCACUGAAGGAAUGUAAGAAAAGAAAAAUAUCUGAAGAAAAUAGAACAUUUAAUGAUGCCUGGAGAGAUUCAUUUGCAUUUACCUCUGACGAGAGUGGCCUACCAAUAUGCCUAAUUUGUGGAGAGAGACUGGCUAACAAUAACAGGUCAAAUGUCACAAGACAUUUCCAAUGUAAACACACAGCCUUUGCUGAAAAGUAUCCGGAGGGACAAGAGAGAAAAAAAGCUGUUUCGGAACUGAUGCGGAAGGCUGAUCUGAGGAAAAAUCAAUUCAAGAAGUGGAUUAAGUGUGCAAAUUCAACUACAUAUGCAAGUUUUGUGGCUGCUCAGGAAAUAAUCAGGCAUGGGAAGCCAUUCACAGAUGGAGAAUAUAUGAAAGAGUCAUUCAUUAAGAUUUCAGAACACCUAUUUGCGGACUUUAAAAACAAGAGAGACAUUGUGCAGAAAAUCAGAGAGAUGCCUCUCUCGGUGAAGACUGUCAAAGAAAGAACCAUAAAAAUGGCAGAAAAUAUCACAAAACAUCAAAUUAAAGACAUAAAUUCAGCUGCAGCGUACUCAAUCGCCUGCGAUGGGUCCAAAGACAAUAGUGACAUUGACCAAAUAGCUUUGUUCUGCCGAUAUGUGAACUCUGCUGGACCACAGGAAGAAUUGGUUGAGCUGAUACCACUAAAAUGUCAGCCACGGGGGGAGGACAUCUGUGAGGCUGUGCUUGAUUGUUUAAGAGCCAAAGAAAUAAGCACAACCCACCUAGUGUCAGUGGCUACUGAUGGGGCACCGAAUAUGACUGGAGCGCACAGGGGCUUUGUGGCCUUGCUGCAGAAGUCACUGGAUAGAAAGCUGCUGACGUUUCAUUGCAUCCUGCACCAAGAGGCAUUGUGCGCGCAAACUUUUCCUCCAGAAUGCACAGAGGUCAUGAAUGUUGUCAUUCAGAUAAUCAAUAAAAUAAUUGCAAAAGGUUUAAAUCACUGUCAGUUCCGUUCGUUACUGGAUGAGGUGGACAGCACAUACUCUGAUCUCCUGCUGCAUAACAGAGUCCGGUGGCUGUCCAAAGGAGAGGUGUUGAAACGCUUUGUUGCAUGUCUGGGAGAGGUGAAAAUUUUCCUGAGCAGCAAAGGGCUUACCUUUCCUGAGCUGGAACAACUAGAGUGGCUGGAAAAGCUGCACUUCAUGGUGGACAUGACAGCGAACCUGAACAUGCUGAAUACAACUCUUCAGGGGAGAGGAGGCACAGCACUACACAUGCUGGAGGAGGUGUUAGCAUUUGAGCGCAAACUGACAGUUUUAUUCAGAGAUUUACAGAGAGGCACACUGUCUCACUUCCCCUCUUUAAGGGAGUACAAACAAGCUCACAAGGUGAUAAAUUCAGAGUAUUUGCAGUCUGCAAUCACCACAAUGCAAGAAUUGUUUGGGAAACUAUUCAGUGAGUUCAGACAGGAAAAAAACACAUUGUCCUUCCCCAUCACUCCCCUGACCAUCGAUCCAUACCUGUUAAAUGUGACUGCAUUUGCAGGUGUAAGUCUCCCGGAGCUGGAGCUGGAGCUGGCUGACAUAGCUGACAAAGAUAUGUGGGUGUCCAAAUUCAAACGCUUGGCAGAGGAUCUUGAAGAUGUUGCCCGUCAAAAGGCCACUCUUGUUCAGAAUCAUAAAUGGAGUGAUAUUGAGAACCUUCCAAGACCGGACAAACUAGUUUUUGACACAUGGAAUGCCAUCCCCGACACCUACAUAAACAUGAAGAAAUAUGCAUUUGGAGUCCUGUCAAUCUUCGGAUCCACAUACGCAUGUGAGCAGCUAUUUUCCACCAUGAACUAUGUUAAAAACAAGCACUGCUCACAUCUCUCAGACGACAGCUUACAGUCCUGCUUAAAAGUGAAAGUGACUUCGUACAGUCCUGAUUUGCAGACGUUGUGCACAGAGGUUCAGGAGCAGAAGUCCCUUUAACCAGGUCAAGGCUCCACUACAUGCUUUGAAAACCCAAAGGCAAUAUAAGGAUUUGAAAGAGACCUU